GCCCCAGCAGGUGUUAUCACCUGUCUGCCUCUGGGGUGAGUCAGCUCCAAGAGACAGGAACCAGAAUUUCAGCUCCUUGCUCAAGGGAGAGGCCCCAGUGGGACACAAAGUGUCCCAUGUCACAGGAGCAGGAGCAGGGACUUGGACCUGCUGCUGGCGGCUGCUGGAUCUCACCCCUCAGGCUGCAACCAGACCUGGAUCCCUCCCUGCUGGCUCCUCCCAGCCCACCUGCCAUUCCCUACACAGUUCCUGUGGUUUCUGGAUGCUGGAGCAAAAGGCACCCCUGGGUUCUGCAGAGUCAUCGGAGCCGUGCUCAAAGGAGAAGUGAGGGAGGGACAUGUUGAAAUCAGUUUUUUGACUAUUCGCCCAUUUCCAUCCGAGAGAUAAGAGUGAGGCCAGGCUGCGGCUUCAGGAUCAAGAAGAUGGAUCUGUCCCACCGCUUCUCCAAGGAGGAGCUGGCCCUGCUCUACGAGGAGGUUCUCUACACCAUCCGGCACCGCCUGGGCAAGCCCGAGCAGCAGCACGUGGGGGACUCCCAGGAGCUCUACUCCUAUGUGCAGAAGGCUUUUGGCAUGGACGCAGAGGAGCACGGAGUCAUCAUGCAGCAGGUCAUGGAGCUGGAGAGCCCCAUUUACUGCCUGAAAGCCACUGUGAAGGAAGCCAAGGGAAUUUUGGGCAAAGAUGUCAGUGGGCUCAGUGACCCAUACUGCCUGCUGGGCAUCGACACCAGGAGCCAGGAGCCAGCCCACCCCGACCACAAGAAGAGGAUGAAGGCUGUGGUCAAAGACCUCAUCCCUGAAGACCAAAUCCAUCGCACCCAAGUCAUAAACCAGACCCUCAGCCCAGUGUGGAACGAGACCUUCAUCCUGGAGUUUAAAGAUGUGGAGACAGCCAGCUUCCACCUGGACAUGUGGGACUCGGACGUGGUGGAGUCGAUGCGGCACAAGCUGGGGGAGCUCACGGACCUGCACGGCCUCAAGAGGAUCUUUAAAGAUGCUCGCAAAGACAAAGGGCAGGACGAUUUCCUGGGGAACGUGGUCGUUCGCCUGAAGGACCUGCACUGCUGGGAUGACCAGUGGUACCAGCUGGAGCCACGGACAGAGACCUAUCCCGAGCGGGGACACUGUCACCUGCAGUUCCUGCUGACACACAAGAAGAGGGCCACCACGAGCAGCCGGACGCAGCCGAGCUACACCGUGCACCGCCACCUCCUGCAGCAGCUGGUGUCCCACGAGAUCCUGCAGCACCAGGCUGGCAGCACCUCCUGGGAUGGGGAGCUGAGCAGCCACGCCAGCACCGUGCUGUACCUGCAUGCCACACAGAAGGACCUCUCUGACUUCCACCAGGACAUGGCGCAGUGGCUGGCCUACAGCAAACUCUACCAGAGCCUGGAGUUCAACAGCAGCUGCCUGCUGCACCAGAUCACCAGCAUCGAGUACCGCUGGGUGCAGGAGCGCCUGAGGCCAGAGCAGAAGGCAGAGCUGGCCGAGUCCUUCCAGUCCCUGCUGACCUACGGGGUCUCCCUCAUCCGUAGGUUCCGCAUCAUUUUCCCCCUCUCUGUCCCGAGGUCCACGGAGAGGCUCCAGUCCCUGCUGCGGGUCCUUGUCCAGAUGUGCAAAACCAAAGCUUUCCAUGAGCUGUGCACACCCAGCCCAGACCUGCCCCAGAUGGUCUCCACAGCUCUGAAGUCAGGCACCACAGAGUGGUUCCACAUGCAGAAGCAGCACCUCAAGCCCAUGGUGAAGAGCAUAGAGGAGAAUAGCAAAGCCUUGUCCAUGCUCCUCCUGGAGGUGAUAGAAGAUCUCAAGCAGUGCCAAAAGAUCUGGAAUAAAUUGUUCAGCACCAACCUGAAGUUGAAUAUCUUCUCCAUUGCCUACCUGGAGCUGGAGAGCCUGGUGGCAGAGCACGUCCAGGAGCAGCUGCACAAGGUGGACAGCAGCAUGUCCAGACCCACGGCCGAGAGCCUCUUUGAUCUCUACCGGAAACUGCAGGACCUCUAUCAGAUGAAGGACUCCCUCCCAAGCAGGGAUGGACCUCUGGCUCUGAGCAACUUCCACCAGUGGUUUGAGGAAGCGUUGCCCCUGUGGCUGCAGAAGGCCUACACCACCACGCUGGAGAGGGCCCAGAGAGCCAUCCAGAUGGACCAGCUGAAGCCUUACGGGUACCACAAGCACAGCACAUCCACUGUUGACCUGUCCACCUGCUACGCCCAGAUUGUGACAACCUGGCAGCAGCUCAACUGGCCAGACCCUGAGAAAGCCUUCAUGAUCAUGGUCAACCUCCUGGAGGACAUGUGCAAGAUCUCCCUGAUGUACUGCAAGCUCAUCAAGGAGAGGGCUGAGGCUCUGUCCCUGAGUGAGCAGAACGAGGGCGAGGCGGCCAACAAGCUCUGCAUCGUGGUGAACAACAUCGAGCAGCUGCGGCUGCAGAUGCUGAAGCUGCCAUCCCAGCUGGCCUGGGCCCAGCUGGAGCAGCGCACCAGGGGCAUCAUCGAGCCCCAGCAGAUCCAGAACGCUCUGCACAACCAGCUCGACAGCACCGUGGCCUGCCUGGACCACGAGGUCCGGGACGUGGUGCAAGCCCUGGCUACCAAGCUGGAAAAGGGCAUUGCCAGACACAUCCAGGAGCUCUCAUCUUCCAGUGACACCCAGAAGCCUGAGGAUUCCAUCAUCCCACUCAUGAAGUUCCUGGAGUCGGAGCUGCAGUACCUCAAUGAGCAUCUGGUCCAGGAGAACUUCAAAAGCCUCCUCACUCUCCUGUGGCACCACACCCUGUCCGUGCUCUCAGCAGCUCGGGGGCCGCAGGUGCCCUCGGUCCAGCACUGCCAGAGGCUGUUCUGUGCCCUGAAGAGCCUGGAGCGGUGCUUCCACGCUGAGGGCUGCGGGCUGCCGCUGAAGACCCUCCACAGUGCAGCCUUCAGGACGCUGGAGGCUCACCUGGCUCUCUGCUCCACCAACAGCCGCAAGCUCAUCCAGAAAUACUUCAGCAACAGGAUCCAGCAGCAGCUGGACACGAGCUCAGAGAAGUACGGGGCCGUGACCAUCAAAGCUCUGUACCGGCCUUCGGAGCAGAAACUCCACGUGGAAGUGCUCAACGCCACCAACCUCAUCCCGCUGGACUCCAACGGCUCCAGCGACCCCUUCGUGCAGCUCACCCUGGAGCCCCGGCACGAGUUCCCCGAGGUGGUGGCUCGGACCACCCAGUGCAAGAGGAACGAGCUGCACCCGCUCUUCGACGAGGCCUUCGACUUCUUGAUCCCCCCCGAGAAGUGCCGGCAGGAAGGGGCCUGUCUGCUGCUGACUGUGUUUGACUACGACGUGCUGGGCUCCAACGACCUGGAGGGCGAAGCCUUCUUCCCCCUGUGCCGCCUGCCCGGCCUCGACACCGAGGAGGACGAGGCUGACAUGGGACGGGUGCCCCAGACCCGGCUGCCCCUCACGCACCCCAAGCCCUCGGAUGAGAUCCUGCAGCUGCUGGAGUCCAGGAGAAGGGACAAAGAAGCUCAAGCCUUCGUCAAGCUCCGCAAGCAACGAGCCAAGCAGUCCAAGGAGACAGAGUGAGGGAGGGGCAGGAAGAUGGCCCUGAAGGGGGAACUUUGGUGGUGUUGGAGCCAGAAGCAUCUGAAGGGAGUGUGGCGACAGAGGGGUCCCUGUGCCUGCCCAGUGCAGCUCCCAGCACCCAGCUCACCCCAGCCUUGGGCUGCAAUGCUCCAUGAGCCAGGGAGGGUGGGCAGGUGCAUUGGAGGGGAUUUCUUUGCCUGCCUGGACUAGUAACACUACACGAGGGAUGUGGAAGUGUGGCUGUCCCUGUCCGUCCCUCUGGAGUUUGUCACUGCCAGUGCUGCAUCUCCUGGCAGUGUCCCCAACCAUCCUCUCUGCAGCAUGACUGAUUCAUGCUGGGGACAACCAUGGCCAAACCUGCCUUCAGUUUUGGUUUUUCUUUAAAUUUUUAAUUUCUUUUUUCCCCUCAUUUUCUUGUGGAUAAGCCUCUUAUUUUAAAUGAGAAGCCACAAAGCUGGUGCGUGGGCUGUGUGCUUUGGGGCUGUAGCCCUGUGCUGGCAGCAGCAGCACAGUGGGGUGGGACAAGGCAUUUGAGGUCUGGUGGGAGCUGCUGAAUUUCUCCUUUUUUAAAAUGUGUAUGGCUCUUG